AUGAAACCAUAUCCAGAGUCUCAGCCCGAGUCUCAGCCCGAGUCUCAGCCCGAGUCUCAGCCAGAGUCUCAGCCCGAGUCUCAGCCAGAGUCUCAGCCGGAGUCUCAGCCAGAGUGUCAGCCCGAGUCUCAGCCCGAGUGUCAGCCCGAGUCUCAGCCCGAGUCUCAGCCGGAGUCUCAGCCGGAGUCUCAGCCAGAGUGUCAGCCCGAGUCUCAGCCCGACUCUCAGCCCGAGUCUCAGCCCGAGUCUCAGCCGGAGUCUCAGCCCGAGUCUCAGCCCGAGUCUCAGCCCGAGUCUCAGCCCGAGUCUCAGCCCGAGUCUCAGCCCGAGUCUCAGCCCGAGUCUCAGCCAGAGUCUCAGCCCGAGUCUCAGCCCGAGUCUCAGCCCGAGUCUCAGCCGGAGUCUCAGCCGGAGUCUCAGCCGGAGUCUCAGCCAGAGUGUCAGCCCGAGUCUCAGCCCGAAUCUCAGCCCGAGUCUCAGCCCGAGUCUCAGCCAGAGUCUCAGCCCGAGUCUCAGCCAGAGUCUCAGCCCGAAUCUCAGCCCGAAUCUCAGCCCGAGUCUCAGCCCGAGUCUCAGCCGGAGUCUCAGCCCGAGUCUCAGCCCGAGUCUCAGCCCGAGUCUCAGCCCGAGUCUCAGCCAGAGUCUCAGCCCGAGUCUCAGCCCGAGUCUCAGCCCGAGUCUCAGCCGGAGUCUCAGCCGGAGUCUCAGCCGGAGUCUCAGCCAGAGUGUCAGCCCGAGUCUCAGCCCGAAUCUCAGCCCAAGUCUCAGCCCGAGUCUCAGCCAGAGUCUCAGCCCGAAGUCUACCCCGAGUCUCAGCCAGAGUCUCAGCCCGAAUCUCAGCCAGAGUCUCAGCCCGAGUCUCAGCCAGAGUCUCAGCCCGAGUCUCAGCCAGAGUCUCAGCCCGAAUCUCAGCCCGAAUCUCAGCCCGAGUCUCAGCCCGAGUCUCAGCCGGAGUCUCAGCCCGAGUCUCAGCCCGAGUCUCAGCCCGAGUCUCAGCCCGAGUCUCAGCCAGAGUCUCAGCCCGAGUCUCAGCCCGAGUCUCAGCCCGAGUCUCAGCCGGAGUCUCAGCCGGAGUCUCAGCCGGAGUCUCAGCCAGAGUGUCAGCCCGAGUCUCAGCCCGAAUCUCAGCCCAAGUCUCAGCCCGAGUCUCAGCCAGAGUCUCAGCCCGAGUCUCAGCCAGAGUCUCAGCCCGAAUCUCAGCCCGAGUCUCAGCCCGAGUCUCAGCCAGAGUCUCAGCCGGAGUCUCAGCCAGAGUGUCAGCCCGAGUCUCAGCCCGAGUGUCAGCCCGAGUCUCAGCCCGAGUCUCAGCCGGAGUCUCAGCCGGAGUCUCAGCCAGAGUGUCAGCCCGAGUCUCAGCCCGAAUCUCAGCCCGAGUCUCAGCCCGAGUCUCAGCCGGAGUCUCAGCCCGAGUCUCAGCCCGAGUCUCAGCCCGAGUCUCAGCCCGAGUCUCAGCCCGAGUCUCAGCCCGAGUCUCAGCCCGAGUCUCAGCCCGAGUCUCAGCCAGAGUCUCAGCCCGAGUCUCAGCCCGAGUCUCAGCCCGAGUCUCAGCCGGAGUCUCAGCCGGAGUCUCAGCCGGAGUCUCAGCCAGAGUGUCAGCCCGAGUCUCAGCCCGAAUCUCAGCCCGAGUCUCAGCCCGAGUCUCAGCCAGAGUCUCAGCCCGAGUCUCAGCCAGAGUCUCAGCCCGAAUCUCAGCCCGAAUCUCAGCCCGAGUCUCAGCCCGAGUCUCAGCCGGAGUCUCAGCCCGAGUCUCAGCCCGAGUCUCAGCCCGAGUCUCAGCCCGAGUCUCAGCCAGAGUCUCAGCCCGAGUCUCAGCCCGAGUCUCAGCCCGAGUCUCAGCCGGAGUCUCAGCCGGAGUCUCAGCCGGAGUCUCAGCCAGAGUGUCAGCCCGAGUCUCAGCCCGAAUCUCAGCCCAAGUCUCAGCCCGAGUCUCAGCCAGAGUCUCAGCCCGAGUCUCAGCCAGAGUCUCAGCCCGAAUCUCAGCCCGAGUCUCAGCCCGAGUCUCAGCCAGAGUCUACCCCGAGUCUCAGCCAGAGUCUCAGCCCGAAUCUCAGCCAGAGUCUCAGCCCGAGUCUCAGCCAGAGUCUCAGCCCGAGUCUCAGCCAGAGUCUCAGCCCGAAUCUCAGCCCGAAUCUCAGCCCGAGUCUCAGCCCGAGUCUCAGCCGGAGUCUCAGCCCGAGUCUCAGCCCGAGUCUCAGCCCGAGUCUCAGCCCGAGUCUCAGCCAGAGUCUCAGCCCGAGUCUCAGCCCGAGUCUCAGCCCGAGUCUCAGCCGGAGUCUCAGCCGGAGUCUCAGCCGGAGUCUCAGCCAGAGUGUCAGCCCGAGUCUCAGCCCGAAUCUCAGCCCAAGUCUCAGCCCGAGUCUCAGCCAGAGUCUCAGCCCGAGUCUCAGCCAGAGUCUCAGCCCGAAUCUCAGCCCGAGUCUCAGCCCGAGUCUCAGCCAGAGUCUACCCCGAGUCUCAGCCAGAGUCUCAGCCCGAAUCUCAGCCAGAGUCUCAGCCCGAGUCUCAGCCAGAGUCUCAGCCUGA